AAGACUACAAGAAAUUAAAUACAAAAAAAAAAAACAAAAUAAAAAAACGGAAACCAAACCAAAACCGUCUUAAAGAAAGUGCCUAACAAUUUGUAUAAAAGAAAAUUCGUGAAAGAAACAAAUAAAAAGUGAAUAAUUAGAUAACGUGUGAUAAGAACAAGUUUACAACAAAUACAAACCAAGUGGAGAAAGAGAGAAGGAGAGAAAGAGGAAGAGAGAAGGAGAGAGAGAGAAGUUAACCGACGGGUUAAAGGACAUUUUCAAGUGAAGCGGGCAACAGGAAACGGCUUUACGCUGGCAGUUAACGGUAUUUGCAGUGCAGGCUUUGCCCUAUCAGCGAUGCCCUUUAUCGAUGACGCACUGCUCUGGUGUCCGGAUAACGAUGGUCGUCUUGUUGGCGGUCUAGAUUUGGCAACCUGCAUAACGGAUGAUUCCACGGUGAACGCUGAGAAUAUAAAUCCCACAGUUGGCGCUAACAACACAUUGCAACAGCAGCAGCAGCAGCAACUGCAACAGCAGCAACUACAACACGACUCCUCCGACGAGCUGUUUCGGACGCUCUCCGAGAGCAACUUUGAGAUCGAGAGCCUGCUGUCCGAUUUGGCGACCGUUGAGGUCAAAGUCGAAAAUGAGGAGAACAACAACAACAACAACAACGUCGUCAUCAGCGACAACGAUUUCGCGAGCGUCGCAGCCGCCGUUGUCGCCGGCGACGAUCUCCUGGCGAAGGAUAAUGUCCAGCUGAGCGUGCAGGGCUUGGUGGACUCGGUGGGCGCCAGCCUGGCGGAUAGCGGCUCCGGCAAUGGGCAUGGUCAGGCGCUGCUUGCCUUUGGCUCCAGCUCGGCAACGGCAACGGCGGCCAAGCGGAAUGGUUUUCUGCUGCCCUGCGAUCUGCUCAACAAUAACAACAACAACAGCAACGGGAAUGGGAACGGAAACGGCGAGUGUACGCCGGAGGAGUCGCGCUUUGUGACUGUGACCAGCGCCUCGGCGAAUCCGUUGCUGGUGGAAAAGUUAAUGUCGAAGUGCUUGAAUAUUGACAAGCGGCUGGAUAAACUAGAUGUUGUCGUCGUCGUCGUCGUCGUCGUUGGCGAUGACGCGGCGAUUCGCAUGAUACUCAAAGGGGAUUGGAGGCGGUACCCCUUCCCGCCACCUCCCCCGCAGCACAGUAAAGCGAUACAUUUCCGACACUUCCUAACCAUUGACUUAACGUCUGAGCCGAGACGUUGCCAGCAGCAGGAACAGGAGCGGGAGCAGGAGCAGGAGUCAAGCAUUUGCAGUUGUCGUCGUCGGCGUCUGUUCAAUGACUUUUGUUGA